CAUUGUCACUUGAGAGCCUGUUUUAAGAAGAGAGCCGACCCGGGUUUCAAGAGAUCAUGGAAGUGCCCGAAGGCCUCGUCGUCAACCAGGAUAUUAAUGCAGAGAAUGCGAGCCUUGAUCUGGAGGACGGAGAGCACCAGGCGGGCUGGGUGAGAGUGAGGGUGGAGGAGAGCUGGUUCACUGUGCAGCGGGCUUUGCUGGCAAGGUACAGCAACUACUUCUGUGCCCUCUUUCACUCUGGGAUGACAGAAAGCCACCAGGACGAACUCUACCUGAAGGGAGGAGUGCGAGCGCGGGGUUUCCUCAUCGCCCUCGCUGUCUGCAGGGGGGAGGCCCCGUCCAUCAGCGACCCGGAUGAGCUUGUAGAAGCUGUGGAGUGUGCUGCAUUCCUGCAGGUUGCGUGUUUGGUGCGGCAUCUUUGUGACAUCAUCGACUCGGACAACUGCCUCUUGCUAUACCACGCAGCCUCCAUCUUUGGGGUGCAUGCACUCUUUCACAAUGCUGCCCUUUUCCUUUGUGAUGCUUUUGAUGAUUUGAAGGAAGCAGCUGAGAGUACGAUUCCUGAAGACCUUCUUCAAUAUUCUCAAUCGUUGUCUCCUGCUACUUACAUUGCUAUAGGCACACACUCUCCUUCAAUGGAACUGCUACAGGACUCCUUUCGGGUCAUUUGCUACCUUGAUGACAAAGAGGGAGACUGGAAGCAUCUGACACACCUCCCAACUCUGUGUAGCACCUCCAUGGCUGGAGUUGCAGUGCUUGACAAUCGAUUGUACAUUGUAGGGGGAGUUUAUGGUUACGGUAAGGACACAGUGGACAGCAGCUUUUGCUACAACCCUGACUCAGGCGUUUGGACUACUCUUCCAGGUCCUCAGCAACUACGACAUGACUUCACCCUGCUGGGACACGAGGGCCGACUCUACGCCAUUGGGGGCGAAUUCCAAAAACGGACAAUUUCCACAGCAGAGAGUUACAACAUUGAGAAAGGAGAGUGGACAUGUAUACAACGUGCGCCAAGACCUGUAGCAUCUGCUGCGUGCGCCGUUGCAAGACGGCGGAUGUUUGUUUGCUUCUGGAAACCCCCAGACACCACAGAUAUCUAUGAAUACAUACCAGUAAAAGAUGAGUGGAAACUUGCGACCACCAUGAUCAAAACUCAAAGCUAUGGUCACUGUAUGGUCGCCCACAGAGACAAUUUAUAUGUCAUGCGCAACGGGCCUUCGGACGACUUCCUGCGCUGUCUAAUGGACUGCUACAACAUCACGACAGGCCAGUGGACAGCCAUGCCGGGAGACUACAUUAACAGCAAGGGGGCGCUGUUCUCUGCAAUGGUAAAGGGGGACUCCGUGUUCACAGUCAAACACAUGCUAACUCUUGAAUACACCAUCACUGGGGAUAGAUGGAAGCCCCGCAGGCAGAUGAAGGGGUUUCCAAAGAGUGGAUCGCUGUGGACGUGUUUACUCAGGCUUCCCAAGACAGGACCAGUUAUACCACAGCUGGUUGCAGAAGGGAAGGAGGAAGAAACGCCUUUGCCAGACAAAUCUGAGGGAUUAUUGGAAGCUCUAAUGGAAAUGUGAUAUUACUGCUAAAAAACAAUGUUUUGUGUUUUGAGGAAGGAGAAUGGAAUUACAUACAACACCCACAAGACCAUGUUUGUUUGCUUCUGGAGCAGAUGCCACAGAUAUCUGUGAAUACAUCGCAGUGAAAGACGGUUACGGUUUCUAAGCUAGAAUACAAGUCUAUGAAUAACAACAAAUAACACUGAUACUAAACGAUUCUGAUUGCAUAGUGACUCAAAUGUUCUUCGUUUCAAUGCAUUCACUUUCACAUGCGCUUACAGACACGCGCACACGUGCUGACCCUAUGCAUUUGUUCUGAUUAGCAACAGCUGCUACUUAUAUUAGGGGAGGCCACAGUGCGUGUGUGUGUGUGUGUGUGUGUGUGUGUGGGUGUGUGUGCAAAGUUCAAAGGCUCUGACGGGAUGUCCUAAACCUCUCAUUCUCUAUGUUUUUCCUGAAGUCACACUGGGCCAAUUCAGGAGCCACCGGCCUCCCAGUCGACAUAAAAAACACAGCACAGCUCUCUCACACACUCUUGGAUACUAACUUCCUCAGGUUUGCUGGCCCAUGACUGAUUAAAUACCUGUUUCUGUGGGAGAAUACAUUUCACAUAGCCUUGAGCUUGUGACUCUGAGGGUUGUGGGAAAUGUUUUUGGCUUGUUUGACCACAGACUGCAUUUGUUUGAGUAUAUUAAAAAACAAUG